CCAAGCAAGGAUAUCAGCCGAAGAAACAAAAUGGCAAGCUUCAGAAUUUUGCUUCCUCUGCUCCUUCUGGGGCUGAUGGAGGUUAAAGCUACUGAAGUCCGAGGGCUUUCCUAUUACGAUGCCCUAACAAUUGCUAUGAGCCAUUUCAAUAGCAAAUGUGAUGAGAAAAAUGCCUACUGGAUAACUGCAACUAGACCCCAACUUAAGUGGGAUAGAAAAUCCAAAGAACUCCACCGUAUGGGUUUUACUAUACAAGAAACUGAAUGCCUGAAAGGAGAAACCCGCACUCCUAGCAAAUGUGCCUUCAAAAAAGACGGGGAAGAGAAGUAUUGUCGGGCAGCAGUCAAAUUCAUCUGUGACGGUGAAGCUGAUGUUUGGGUCCGCUGUUCUCCCAUGGCGAGUAACACGAUGGUCAGAAGAAGCAAAAGAGGAAUUAAAGUUCCCAGUUUCGUGAAAAAGGUCCUCAAAGAUGUUGUUAGCGAGUCCAUUUCCCAUGGUAUUCCUAAAGCCAUUUCAGCAGUGAAUAAACUUAUUAAAAAAAAGAAAAAAGGUGCUACAACACCACGUGUGAAGUAAGAAGACCUGAGCUCAGACACUAGCUAUGCAAUCCUGGAUAAAUGUCUUAAUCUCUUCUACCUUGGUUUCCUUGAAUGUAAAAUAGGAAUAAUAACAGCACCUACCUCCCAGGGUUUUUGUGAGGAGCAAGAGAUAACAACUGUAAAGUAAUGCCAUAUAGUUGGUGCUUAUUUAAUAUUUGUACCCUUAAUUUCCCUCAUGUGUAAAUAAAGACUUCUUUUUAUAAUCCAACCUGGUUUUUUGUUUGUUAUCAUUUGUCACUUUGAAAACAAAGUAGUUUAUCAUUUUCUUUGUUCUUUCUUAAGUGCCUUCUCAUCAUUUCACUUGAUCU